AUGGCCCCCUCCGGAAAGGGCUCUCAAGACGAAGCCCACCAUGGCGCCGUCUUCUCCGUCUCCGGUCCCGUCGUCGUGGCCGAGAACAUGAUCGGCUGUGCUAUGUACGAAUUGUGUCGUGUCGGAAAAGAUCAGCUCGUCGGUGAAGUUAUCCGUCUCGAUGGCGAUAAGGCCACUAUUCAGGUCUACGAGGAAACUGAUGGUGUGACGGUCGGCGACCCUGUCGAGAGGACGGGUAAACCCCUAGCGGUGGAACUGGGUCCUGGUUUGAUGGAAACGAUCUACGACGGUAUCCAACGCCCCCUGAAAGCGAUCUUUCACCAGUCCAAAGGAAUCUACAUCCCCCGUGGUAUCACUGUAAACGCGCUGGAUCGCGAGAAGAAAUGGGACUUCACGCCCGGUCAAUACAAAGUGGGCGACCACAUCACUGGUGGUGAUGUCUGGGGUUCCGUGUUCGAGAACAGCUUGUUGAACGACCAUAAGAUCCUUCUCCCGCCCCGCGCUCGGGGUACCAUUACCCGUAUCGCAGAGGCUGGAAGCUACACAGUCGAGGAGAAACUUUUGGAGAUCGAAUUUAACGGCAAGAAGUCCGAGUUUGGUAUGAUGCAGACCUGGCCCGUCCGUGUACCCCGACCAGUCAACGAUAAGGUUCCAUCCGACGCACCCUUCAUCGUCGGCCAGAGAGUGCUGGACUCUCUGUUCCCUAGUGUGCAGGGUGGUACUGUUUGUAUUCCCGGUGCUUUCGGAUGCGGUAAGACUGUCAUUUCUCAGUCUGUAUCCAAGUUCUCCAACAGUGAUAUCAUCGUCUACGUUGGUUGUGGUGAGCGUGGUAACGAGAUGGCUGAAGUGUUGAUGGACUUCCCCGAGCUUUCGAUCGAAAUCGAUGGUCGCAAAGAGCCUAUCAUGAAGCGUACAUGUCUUAUCGCCAAUACAUCCAACAUGCCUGUCGCCGCGCGUGAGGCCUCCAUUUACACCGGUAUCACCAUCGCCGAGUACUUCCGUGACCAGGGUAAGAACGUGGCUAUGAUGGCCGAUUCCAGUUCUCGUUGGGCCGAGGCGCUUCGUGAACUUUCCGGUCGUCUGGGAGAGAUGCCUGCAGACCAGGGUUUCCCCGCCUACCUGGGUGCCAAGCUCGCUUCCUUCUACGAACGUGCUGGAAAGAGUGUGGCUCUGGGAAGCCCUGAGAGAAUUGGCAGUGUCAGUAUUGUCGGUGCCGUCAGUCCCCCUGGUGGUGAUUUCUCAGAUCCUGUCACUACUAGUACCCUUGGUAUCGUCCAGGUGUUCUGGGGUCUCGACAAGAAGCUGGCCCAGCGAAAGCAUUUCCCUUCCAUCAACACUUCGAUGUCCUACAGCAAGUACACUACCGUCUUGGACAAAUUCUACGAGAAGAACUACCCCGAGUUCCCCCGCCUGCGUGACCAGAUUCGUGAGCUGUUGACCAAGUCCGAAGAACUGGACCAGGUCGUGCAGCUGGUCGGUAAGGCCGCCCUGGGUGAUUCUGAUAAGAUCGCAUUGGAUGUGGCUGCCAUGGUGAAGGAUGAUUUCCUUCAGCAAAACGGAUACAGUGACUACGAUCAGUUCUGCCCUCUGUGGAAGACGGAAUACAUGAUGAAGGCCUUCAUGGGCUACCAUGACGAAGCGCAGAAGGCUAUUGCUCAGGGUCAAAACUGGGCCAAGGUUCGCGAAGCCACUGCCGACAUCCAGACUGCCCUGCGGAACAUGAAGUUCGAGGUCCCGGAAAACCAACAAGAGGUCUCAGAGAAGUACGAGAAGGUUCUUCAGACCAUGUCCGAGCGAUUCGCGUCGGUGUCGGAUGAGUAA